GCCCUUCUCGUGGAUCUUCGGGAAUGACCCGGAACGGAUGCGUCGUCCUCCGUUCCGAGCCGUUUCGUGCGCAUCGAAACAACGACCGUCGGUUUCGCAAGCGGGCAAUCUCGUCAGGCUGCGCGCCUCGUGCCGCCUACAUGGCGGUUCUUUCGCAACGACCGUUCGAUCGCCGCCGGUCGUGGAUCUGAUCGAACAGCGCGCCGAGCCGCGGCGCUCGAACGGUUCUCGGCGGACCCGGUGUUUCGUCGUCGAGCAUACACACACACACACGCACACACACGCGCGCACCUCCGUCGGUCGUCGUCGUCGUCGUCGUCCAGACAGUAAUUUCAUUUCUAGAACGAUCACCGCUGCGAAACGUCGCUCGCCCGAAAGCGAGCCUCGAUUCGUUGACACGAUGAAGAAGAAAAAGAACAACGUCGAACGUUAAAUAGACACGGGCGGUUCGUGAAUUAUCGAAUCGACGGAAACAGCUUAGACGGACACUUCUUAGGUACGAUUCAUUUAUGUCCCCCUGUAAACGGAAUGAGGCAAACAUCGGUUCGAUGAAAAAGAAUACGUAUAUAUUGAUAUAUAUAUAAAUAUAUAGAUAUAUAUGGUAUGUAUGUCAGACCGCCGGGCAAUCAUAUGCCGUCUGAUAGGAUCUCGAUCCUUUCUUCUUAAGUUGUACAUAAUUAUGUUAGCGAUCGAAUUCUCGUGUAAAGUGUCGAGGCGGGAGGCGGAUCGGUUCGAGAUGUCGCCUCGAUUUGAACGGAAAUAGAUGUUGUAUAUCCUACGGUACGAACAUUCCUAACGAUACCGCGGCGCACAGCCACGGAUUCCAGCAAGCGGACGAGCGUGACGCCGGAAACAUCGAAAACGUUGAUCAAGCCCGCGAUCCAGGCUUGUCGUUGCGUGGAUCGCGAUCACGCGAAAACCCGGGAGGAGUAUAUAGCACAGUUUAGGUUUUUUCUCGCGGUCGAGGGAACGAUUCCUUGUCGUUGAUAAUAUUAUAUUUUCUUGGUCCGUAGUUACCUCGGCGACGACGGGAGAACGAAAUGAGUGUUUAAAGUGAUAGAGAGGAGGAUUCUUCGACGAAAAAAAAAGAAAUGAAAAAACGGCGGGUGAUUAAUUAACGAUUAAUUCAUUUUCGCGGCGUAAGCAUUUUAGGAUAACGAGGAUGCAAAACAAGACGUAGAGUUGUUUUUAUUGAGAAUGGUUGAUUGAUAGGGGAAGAAAAACGAGAUUAGGCUAGUCGCGGUGACAGGAGUACUAGUAGCAGGGACGACAAAAGGGAUUAUGGGCAAAACGAUAUUUAGGGAAAAAAAGGGGGGGAAAGAAACGACGGGAUGCAGCAUCGGCGGCUUUCGAGAGCGUUAGAUUUUUUUUGGAAAGAAAGAAAAGAAGGUUGGAAGACGACGAGAGAAAUUACGGGAAUUAUGAUAAUAAGUGUAACGAGAAAUUGACUAGGUGAUGGAGAGGAGAUUAAUGGAGAGAAAAAAAAACGUAAAAAUACCGCGAGCCGGUGCGUAACUAUAUACAAAGUAGAUUAUUUUAAAAACUUAUAUAUACACAUAUAUAUAGAAAUAUAUAUAUGAAGAAAUUUUUGGGGAAUGUAUGUGUACAUGUAAUUGCAUGUCCUAGAUUAUAUGUAUACAUACGUGGAAGACUUAUGAAACAAAAAAAAAAGAAGACGGAUGUUGGCGCGAUUAAAAUUGCGUUAAAGAAUGUGUAACAAAGAGUUAGACGCCUCCCUCAUUCCUCUUGUACCCGAUCUAUUACUCACACGCGCAUGCACACGGACAUACACACAGGUACAGAUCCGUACACGAACAACACACGUACACGUACACACUUUGAACGAUGUAGAAAAAGAUAAACCACCCGCGAUCCGUACAUUGUACAAGGGAAGAAAGCGCAAUGUUUAACGCCUGUGCGUUUACUAUAUCCCCCCAACGAGGAAUUUCGUUUCCGCCAGACGGUUUGUAGAUAAUUUAUCGUAAACGGUAUAAUGAUUAUGAUUAUAAAAUAUAUCUUUGGAUGGUAGCCAGCCCCUCUUAAACUUAACCUACAUUUUUCC